CGUGCAGCACAGUUCGCCCUUCGUAACGACAGCCAGUGUUUGCUGCUGUGUCGGGUUUCAAGCCUCGUCCUGCAUCCUGAAUCCUGCAUCCUGGAGUGAGCCGUUUGUCUCCACGGAGCGCGUUCGGCGUGGAGCGGCGUGCGGCGCAGCUCGGACAUGAACUCGGGAGUCUGCGGGAAAGAAAGACAAGCUGAAGAAUGAGCGAAGGCCACCAGGAAAUAUCUGCUGAGAUCCAUGAGACGGAGCUUCCUGGAUGUCCUGAACGGCCCAAAGAGAAAAAGAUCAUCCACUUCGCCAGCGGUGAAACUCUGGAGGAGGAAGACAGUGAGGAGGAAGAGGAUGUAGAGGAGUUACCUCCACAGAGAAGUCCUUUCCAAAGACCUUCAGAGAGGACCAGGUUCUCCUUGAAAAAGACGGUUGUUCUGCUCGGGAGGAUUUCACUGCUGACUUGUGAUUUCUUUGGGAGGAGCUUUGCAGGGGCUCUUGGACUUGACGUGUCCAAGUACCAGUACGCCAUGGAUCAGUAUCGUCGCGAUCAAAAGGCAACAAGAAGCCGAGCCGCCGGGGGGCCAGUGGAGUCGACCCACCGCUCUCCUGGACCAGCUGGGGGCCGAUAUGGGGCCACAGGACAUGCGAGCUGCACUGCUGCUCCGCAUCAGAGACCUGAGGACUUAAAGGAAGGAUGCUACAACAGAGGCUAUCAAGAAGACGACGACUCAAAAUAAAGUCGAGGAACGCAAAAUCUGAAGAAUGUGAAAGUUCUAGAAGCGCUGUGGAGUAACAGACACUGUUUAACAGUGCGUGAGAAGUGAAAACUUGUUUACGUUCACACGCUUAUUUUUAAUAUUCCAGCUGGAAGCUGUGAACAUAUCAUGGAAUUUGAACCUCUACUGUAUUUCAACAGGAGGAGGUGGAGUUGCGUCGGUGAUCUAAGAAUUGCGUCUCUUACCUGUUUUUCACUUCCUGUCUUUUCUGCGCCCGCUCGCUUGUCCUUCCUGUCUGCCCUCCCUCUGUGAGCCUCAUGAAGUUAAUGUUUCACCUGUGACGACGCUGAUGCAACGAUCGACCAAUGCAAGCUAAUUGAUGCUCAAGAGCACGUGAAAAGUUGAGUCACUCUUUUUCUUGUGGUCCAGCCACCAGUGUUUAGUUUCAAUACAUUUUUUGAAAUGAGGAAAUGAUCAUUACAUGGUUCUGUCUAAAUGCUCUACUUUCAUGACAGAAUAUCACUGAAGCAUGAUUUAUUUCAAGUGUCCCAUAAAUUUCAGCUGAAAGCCAGAUAGUACUUUCUGUGAGCCGUAUGAGUAGACAAUGUUUUACAUCGAGUUUCAACACAUAACAACAUAUUAGGACUCUAAGUUGGUCUUACUCAAUCUAAUAAAGGCUGCAAACAGCAUCUUAUUUCAGAAGUUCUGAGUGUCUCACUGUACAAACUGACAGCAAACAGUAAACAGACUAUUCUGCCUGUGUGUUAAUAUGUACAAAAAAAAAACAUGUUUGACUUCAUUCAUCAAAUCAAUCUUUGUAACGCGCUUUUCAUAGACUUUGCAAUUGUUGGCAUGUUGGUUGAUAAUCCAUAUUAAAAAAAACGAAUUAAGGAUUAAAAAUAAUCCCAUCCCAACAACAAUCUUCCACACCUCAGUGAAUAACACUGUUAGAGCAGAAAGGCUUCCCCCUGCUGAGCUUCAUGGUACUGAGGCUGCUCCUACGAGGCAUCAGCUGGUGUCCGAGCUCACUGAACAGGCUGUACUGAGUCAAGUAUAUCAGGGGGUGUGUUUCAGGGAGCCUGCGUUGAUGUUUCAGUGCAGAAGACGUCCAGAAGAGAGGAGUUCCUGAAAGCUAAAGAGAGCCUGCAAGUGAGAGGAUUUGUUUGGUUUUAAUUUUGGAAAAAGCCUGGCCACCUCGUAGUACAUUGUCUCGCCCUUCACAAGAAGGAGGAAGUUGUUAACCCUGCUGGACUAAUCGCAUCAGUUGCACAUCCAAUUCCUAUUAAAGCUGGCUCGAAGCGGCAUGCUGCGAAGGCCCUGUGUGCCUGCUAUUGAAGAUGGAAGCAGGUCAAUCAGUCUCACAGUGACAGGAAGAGAGUUCCUGGUGGUGCCGUGUGCUACACCCUACCACCCCACUCUGGCCGGUAUUCAUCCAUGGUGUGCAGGCACGCCACAUUCUACCAGGAAGAGGACAGCAACGUGGGCUGAGGACAUCAAAUGCUCUGGCUGCAACAAACAGCGCUGUUGCUGC